UUCGCCAGCGCCUACUACUAGACGUGUUUUGGAUUCGCCUCCCGAUUUCGAUUUCUUUACAAACAACGCACAGAAUUUUCGCUAAACGGUCAUGAGCUGUCCGUAUGCAGGAAACGGUGCUGAUCACGAUGAUUCGGCCCUGCCGUUGUCAAAUGAGGAGGGAAAGAUCUAUGGAGAGUAUCUGAUGCUGGAUAAGAUCUUGACAGCGCAAUGCAUGCUCUCCAAAGAGGAUAAACGGCCGGUCCACGAUGAGCAUUUGUUCAUAAUUACGCACCAAGCCUACGAGCUGUGGUUUAAGCAAAUUAUUUUCGAAAUGGACUCCAUACGCGCCAUGCUCGAUGCGGAGGUUAUUGAUGAGACUAAAACGCUGGAGAUUGUCAAGCGACUAAAUCGCAUUGUGCUCAUACUAAAGUUGUUGGUGGAUCAAGUGCCUAUUCUGGAGACUAUGACCCCGCUGGAUUUCAUGGACUUUCGAAAGUAUUUGGCGCCCGCCUCCGGCUUCCAAUCAAUGCAGUUUCGUCUGAUUGAGAAUAAGCUUGGUGUGCUAACCGAGCAGCGUGUGAAGUACAAUCAAAAGUACUCGGAUGUUUUUGGCAAUGAUGUGGAGGCUUUGAAUGCCAUACGUAAUUCAGAGGAUGAGCCUUCGCUGCUGGAGCUAGUACAGCGCUGGCUUGAGCGGACGCCAGGUCUGGAGGAGAAUGGUUUUAAUUUCUGGGAAAAGUUUCAACAUAGCGUUGAUCAGUUUCUGGCUUCUCAGGUGCAAUCGGCAAUGCUAGAGCCAGUUAAACGGGCCCGAGACUAUCGGCUAAUGGACAUUGAGAAGCGACGCGAGGUCUAUCGCUCAAUUUUCGAUCCCGCUGUCCACGAGGCGUUGGUGAAGCGUGGCGAUCGACGCUUCAGUCACCUGGCCUUGCAGGGCGCCAUCAUGAUUACAUUCUACCGGGACGAGCCCCGUUUCAGUCAGCCGCAUCAGCUGCUGACCCUGCUUAUGGACAUUGACUCGCUGAUCACCAAGUGGCGCUAUAAUCACGUUAUUAUGGUGCAACGCAUGAUUGGUUCACAGCAGCUUGGCACUGGUGGCUCAUCCGGCUAUCAAUAUCUUCGCUCAACACUCAGCGAUCGUUACAAGGUAUUUCUGGACCUUUUCAACUUGUCAACGUUUCUGAUACCGCGCGAGGCAAUUCCGCCACUGGAUGAAACCAUACGCAAGAAACUAAUCAACAAGAGCGCUUGAACCAGACACAGAGACAGAGAGAGAGAAAGAGAGCGAGAAACAGAUAGAGCGAGACACCGAGACACCGAGAGACCGAGUGCGAGAGAAAGACAAGGAUGCGCGAGAAAAUGUUAAUCGGAUGCAGAAAUGGAACUGUUUUUUUUUAUUAUUUAGUUAUUAAGAUUUGUUAUAUCACUAUUGUAAAUGGGUAUAUUAGAAAUCAGAGAGAAAGAGAAGGAAAGAGAAGUGGAAAGAAUAGUUAAUACUAUUUUUUUUAUUAUUUAGUUAUUAAGAUUUGUUAUAUCACUUGUAUAUUGUAAAUGGGUAUAUUAGAAAUCACACUUAUUCGGAAUUUACAGAAAAUUAUUAUUUCCGGAAUUAGUUUUUGCUUGAUUGAAAAUGGAAUCUGAAAGCGUAACGAAUGUUUUUGACUAUUUCAAAACCGGCA